AUGGCAUCCAUGACGGGACGUUGCCAUGCCGGCCAUGCCGCUUGUCAGCUGCUGCUUUUGUUGCUGGUGCCCUUCGGCACCGAUGCGUCGGAAGGAACGUUCACAGCCUCGAUCUCGAAACCCCAGGUUGGUGUCGAGACCGAAUCCACCGCUGAUUUCGUGGGCCAGGCUCACCCCAAGCGCUUCCGUGUCAGCGAGAUGCCCCAGGCGGCCGCGGAAGUCAUGGAGGGCAUCGUGGAGACCUUUCUGCAGAAGCAACAGCUGCCUGCGGAUGAGGUGAAGUGUCUUGAAGACGGAACACGGCAAAUGGCCGAAGAUGUGCUGCUGGUGGGUAGCCAUGUGGUGAUGUUUACCCAGGAGUUGACUGGAGCUCGUGAGGCCCUCCCUGAACUGGGCCAGUUUCCCACCACCACCACGCCGGACCAGGAGUGGUUGAAGGAGAAGGGUCUACUGGCGGAGCGUAGGCUGAAGGACACCAAGGGUGACAGCUCGGGACCGGAUUUUCUGAUGGACGCCUCAGCUGUGGUCAUGGAACUGGGGCUCAGCAUGCAGAAGGUUGCGGCCCUGAGUCACCAGAUUUUGCACACCUGCCUGCAGAAUGAUGGCUUGAAGGCGCUGAAGCGCGCGGCGGAGCACGCCGUCAACGUGACCUACGUGACGCAGCGCGUCUUCCUGAACGGUGCGGACGUGUGUUCCGAGCUGGCGGAGGGCGUUGAGAAGUGGAACGGAGAUGACAGGGAAGGUUUUGGCCGCGCCAUGGGGACGGUCCUGCGAAAGCUGGUGCUGUCCCAUGCCAACAGUGCAGACAUCCAGGCUUUACCCAACGCCAGCAUUUUAGUCAACAUCACAGACACUUUCCUGGAGAGCUUCUUCGGGCCGGGCAUGGCGUUGCACGUGCGCGAGUUCGGCGCCAACAUCACGGACGUCGUGGACGACUUCCGCAUCAACCUGCACCGAUGCUUUGGUGAAAAUGCGGACCUCGUGAAAAAGAUGUGGGCCUCGACCAUGGAAGUCUUCCGUGCCCAAGCGCAGAAAAGUCUCGACAAGAAAGUGGGUGCCUCGGAGAAGAAGGAGGACGACGAUCUGCGAAAGACACUGACCUAUGACAUGAUGCAGAUUCCCCUGGCGUUGUCCAAGUGCGAUUUGGACGAGGAGCGGCAGACCAUGAUGAAGGAUGCCUUCCUAGGCCUCAGCGAUGGCUCCUUGAGUCUUAGCAUCCACACGCCCGGACAGGUUUCCAGCUACUCGGUGGAGGAUCACCUGGCCAGGACGGUGGAGUGCUGGAGGAACAUCCAGCAGGACGGCGGCCUUUCCUUCGGCCAUGCGCUGGGAAAACUCUGCCAGGAUUUAGCCUCGGUGGCCUUCCCACAGAAAUACCUGGUGGAUGAUCUGGGCCGGCUGCGGUUGCGAAGCACGGUGGAGUCGUUGAAUGCAGUGAUUCCCUUGGGUCUUGCCUUCAAAGGUCUUCGGGAGGUCUUCACCUGCAUCUGUUGUGGCAGCCUGGCCUUCGUCUCCUUGCGGCGCUACUGCUUGGGACGGACGGCUUCACCUCGGCAGGAGGCUGUGAGUCACGGUAGGAAGUCAGGUCAGGGUAGAACGGUAGGAAAAACCCUCCCAAUUUCACCAGAAAUAGAUGGUAUAAAGAAUUCCCACAUGGGUGGUUUAUGGAUGUUUAUGGUUUACUAUGGUUUACCCCCAGAUUUUUUGGGUUCCAUAGGAACAUGA